CUUGGUUUGGUACUUAUGAAGAAUUUAAAGGUCAUUCUCAUGUUUGUGAGCAUGCGCUCAUUAGCUGUAUACAUAAACAGUGUAACAUUCAGCUACCUCGCUCUCUUCUUGGUGAACAUUUGAAGAAUGAAUGUGUAUAUCGAAAUGUAAAAUGUGAAUAUUGUGGUAAAGAUGUCCCGUAUGCUUCACUUAAGGUGCGUGCAUGAAUCACAGGAACACAGAUCACAAAGAAAAUGUAUGUGGAAAUUAUCCCGUGAUUUGUAAAUAUUGCAAUCAAAUAAUACCGAAGAAAGAUACUGAACACCAUGAAAAGACGACUUGUGAUGAAGUGCCGACAAAAUGUGAAUUUCAAGCCAUUGGAUGCAGCUAUGACAAACCUUUAAAACGAAAGGAGAUCCGUCAACAUAUGAAUGACAAUCUAAUUGAUCACGUGAGCGCCUUGUUACGAUAUGUUAUGGCAUUUGUUACACAGUUAAGUAACUAUGUACCGCGUCCAGAGUUUACCACUGCUAUUCAAAACCUGGGCGACCGAAUCAUUGCUGUUCGUGCGAAUCUUUCAGACAAAUUUUUCAUGUUAGUUGGAAAACUUACAGGCUUAGAAAGGAGAAUUGAGAGUCUAGAAAGUCGUUAUGGGAGCAAUAAUAAUAAGACUCAAUUGUCUGUAGAUGGUUCCUCGAUGCGUGAAAGGAUUGCGGCCCUCGAGCGACAAGCAAGAGAUAAUUCAUUCAUUAUAGUACAGUUUUACGAGCGUUUCGACCACAUUGACGAAUCAUUUGCGCGAAUUCAAGGCAUGGCUGACCAAGUCCCUGCUUUUUGUGUCAAUCUCUUUGAAAAAGUGGAAAUUUUAGAGCGUGAAGUGAGAGCUAAUACAUCUACUAUACAAUGGACUAGCGAGCGUUUGGACGAGGUAGACGAAUUACGUGUGCAAAACCUGGCUAUGGGAGCACAAAAUGAGGCGCGCGAACUUUGAUGAAAUCAUGCAAAGCAAUUAUUGCUAUUUUCGUAAUUACUUGUUAAUUUAUUAUUAUUUUUCACUCCUGUAAAUGAUUUUUAUUCUAUUCAGUUUUGUACUUUAGUAAUUUUGAAGAAUGUUCAUUGUAUUUUUUUAUUGUAUCGUCCAUCAACGAUGAUAGAAUAUUCUUGUAAAUUAAUAAUACAAUUGUGUUGAUAUUAUGCUAUAUUGUAUUGUAAAUGUAAUUUAACAUGCAGCUUUGAUAUAGCAAGAUCAUAAAAUGAUGUCCAUUUAUUUGUAAUUUAUACUACUGUAAGUUUUAUCUGAAAACUCCAUACAUAAAUAAAGAGUCUGUAAAGACCUACCGUUUCUAUGUUCUGUAAGUACAAUUAAGUAAAUAAAAAAGAAAUUAUAAAUCUGA